AUGGGCUUCGUAGCAUCACUAACACACGAGGAUCAUGGGAAGAGAUGCGUGAUUCCCGGCACACAGAAGAUCUGGGUGAGGACCUGGGGCUGCUCUCACAACAGCUCUGAUGGAGAAUACAUGGCUGGACAGCUGGCUGCCAGCGGAUAUAAGAUCACAGGAAUUAACACCCACAUGCCAAUUAAGCAGCAUCUGAUGUUGUCAUGGAAACGAGCCUGUGUUGAUGGAGACUCGCUCUCGCUCACGUUUACCCUGAAUGUCCACAGUGUUUUAUGCUCCUGCAAUGCUAAAGUUUCUGUUUGUGUCUCUCACAGCCAUCCGUGGGAAACCGUGACCAAAGCUGCCAUGCAGAAGUACCCAAACCCCAUGAACCCCAGCGUGUUUGGCGUGGACGUGUUGGACCGUAACGUGGACCAGCGGGGACGACUGCACAGCAAGCGGCUUCUCAGCACCGAAUGGGGCCUGCCGUCCAUCGUUAGAUCGAUCAUUGGCAACGCGCGGACAUGUACGUACAUCCAGGAGCACUCCGUAGUCGAUCCCAAAGAGAAAACCUUUGAGCUUCAGUCCACUAAUAUCACCUUCACUAACAUGGUGUCUGUGGACGAGCGGCUCGUUUACCGACCGCACCCAGAGGACCCGGAGAAGACCAUGCUGACGCAGGAGGCCAUCAUCUCUGUGAAGGGCGUCAGUCUCAGCAGCUAUCUGGAGGGACUCAUGGCCUCCAGCAUCUCAAGCAAUGCAGGAAAGGGUCGCGAGGCGAUGGAGUGGGUGAUCAGACGUCUGAACACAGAGAUCGAGGAGCUCGCCAUCACAGCCAGAGGAACCCUGAGGACACCUAUGGCCGCCGCCGCCGUCACCGAGAAAUGACCACCUUCCUCUCUGUCGCCGCUCUUCUCCACGCGGUGGAAGAUCGUUCUCGGCGUCCUGCGCAUUCAAGCGUCUACAUUAGAGGCUGACGGGGACGUCUGGCGGCGCUGAGCUUUAACAUCGACCGACAAACUCAAACCUAGUUUUAAUGAAUUAGUAUAACGGGACACACACAUGCUCUCUGAUGUAAUGACGGAAGAGGAACGUAUGCCAAACCAUUCAGCUCUGUUACAAACGACUCUCACGCUUCACCAGCACUCACACACUUAAAAAGUUUUUUUACUAGUAACACUUAAUCGAAGCAUCAAGGAAGGGAACAAACUAUUCCAGACUUGCUUUGAAGAGGACCAUCGUGGAUUUUCAGUGGAUUCUUCAGAACCUGAACUCAUUAGAAAACGACACUGAGCACUGAAGGAAUGAUGGUGAACGAACCGACAGAACGUCACAUGACCGUCAUCAUCAAGCAUGCUCCGUGUACUGUUAAACAUCUCCUUCCCUCAGUAGUGAACACGUGUGCACUUGCUGUGACUGUAAGUGAAAAGGAGGCCUGAUGGGACGUUGGAUCCAGACGUGAGGUGAAAUGUGCGUUUUUGAGGAGGGUGAAAUACAUUCUAUUUAUUUAUUUAUAUUUUGUAGUUUAAUGUUAUUUAAUGCAUCCACAAAUCACAGCUUCUUCAUCAUCAGCGACUGGAGAGCGGCACUAAACCUGAAGCUCUUCAGAUCUGCAGAUGUGUUUAGUAGUGAACGUGACGGUGAAGAUGCUUCAGCACAGAAACCUGUCCAGCUUUUACAGAGGCUUGUGUUUUUCCUUCUCGGCUGAAAUGGCAUCGAAGAUCUUCUGUAUGUUUGGUUUACUUCAGUUUGAAUAUUGUGACGAACUCAAAUAAAACGACUGCAUUUAAACGACCUGAAUAGGGUCAUAUUAUUAAAUGGUUAAAUGUAUUAUGAAUCAGUUCUGGUCAAACUAAUUUUGUCCUAUUUUAUUAAAUAACUAUAUGAAGUGGUGUAAAAAAUGAGAGGAAAAAAGUUGUGAGAGAUUUCUGGGUGGUAGAAUUAGUUGAAUAAAUAAAAUAAUUUCUUUGAUGACAGAAUGAAACAUGCAGCUUCUUUCAGCAAAAACCAGUCCUUCUGA